AAAGCAUAGCUCCGCCCCGUUUCAUCCAAAGGCCAAAUCGGCUUAUAGUAAAUUUGGCAGCAUAAAUAGUUGCAUAGCUAGACUGAGAAAACAAGUCACAAUUUUUGUCAUUUGUCACGUACGUGACGCCGCAUGAGAAACAGCUACUCCCUGCUCAUCCGUAUAUAUAUAGACCCUGCCAUGGAGCCUGCCUAUACAUAUGUGAAGAACAAGAUAUAUUUACCAACAGCAAACUGCUGCUAGUGCUAGAAAUCUUGCAAUCGCUUAGUUUGUGGCGGCAGAAUUGAAUUCAUCGGUUCAGCAUGAAGAAGAAGAAGAACAAGUCGGAGGCAUCCAACUACCUGUGCAUGGCGCCGAUCUUUAGCGCCUGCGUGCCCUCCGGCAAGCAGCAGCCGUCAAGCGACGCCGCCAGGAAUAACCGCCUGAGCUUCUCCUUCCCGGAACGCCAGCAGAAGCAGCAGCAGCCGUCGGCGGAGCAGAGCAACUCGGAGAGCAUCAUCGACCCGGCGGCGUCGGUCAUCGCCAAGAAGGAGAAGCAGAAGGACGGCGGCGAGCACUGCACCGUCAUCGUGGGCACCAUCUUCGGCCGCCGCGCGGGGCGCGUCACCUUCUGCGUGCAGCGCGACGCCGCGGUGCCGCCGCCGUUCCUCUUCGAGCUCUCCGUGCCUAUGCAGUCCCUCGCCACCGAGAUGGGCUCCGGCCUCCUCCGCAUCGCUCUCGAGUGCCACCGCGGCACCGGCACCGGCACCGGCACCGGCAGCGGCCACGGCGGCGGCGGCGGCGAGAGCAGGAACUUGUGGAAGGCGUCCUGCAACGGGCGCGACGUGGGACACGCCGUGCGGCGGCGGCCGACGGACUGGGACCGCCGCGUGCUGGAGAGCAUGCGGACCAUGACGACCGGCGUCGGCGCGCUCCCGCCCGCGGUGGCGCUGGAAGCCGGGCCCAACGGUGAUGGAAACACGCAGCAGGACGGCGCCGGGGAGGUGCUGUACAUGCGGGCGACGUACGAGAGGGUCGUGGGCUCCAAGGACGCCGUGUCCUACCACCUCAUCAGCCCCGGCGGCGCCGCCGGCGGCAGCCCACCUCAAGAGCUCAGCGUCUUCUUGCUGCGGACCAGGGGUGACUGAGAUCACCAACUAAUACAUGUCUAUGUAUGC